AUGGAUCAAAACGUUCGAUUUCACCCACUAAUAAGCUCGAUACAGAAGGUGGCUUUAUUCGAGACAAAAGCGAAACUGUACCUUAUCGGGAGCAACAGUAAGGAGACGCGAUUUCGCGUACUAGAAAUAGAUAGGCGUGCUCCGGAGCUGACGAUCUAUGAAAAUCCCAACGAACUUGAAAAGGGCGACAUCCGUAAGUUUGUUCAGUCGCGUUCCUUCAUACGAUCGAUCAGUGCGUACGGCGUUCUGGGAUUUGUUAAAUUCCUCGAAGGGUAUUAUUUGAUACUGGUCACCAAGCGCACUCGCUGCGCCUUCAUUGGCAAGCAUAUAAUCUACACCAUCAAGGAUACUGCCAUGAUUCGCGUGAACGAAUCUUCCAGUAAACAGAUGCACCCGCUGGAGCAGCGCUACGUGAAGAUGUUUAAUAACGUAGAUCUAAAUAGUAAUUUUUACUUCAGCUACAGUUACGACCUUACCCACAGCUUGCAAUAUAAUCUGGCCGCACCCAAGUUUGUUGGUACGCGGUGCGAUAUUGUCAAGGAUGAACCACUUGUUUGGCAGAACCGAACCGGAGAAAAAAUUACGUAUGCAUUCCGGGGAGUAUCGCGGGAACGAUUCGUGUGGAAUUCGUUUCAUCUUAAGCCAAUGCGGGAUAUUAUUCACAAGGAUUGGAUGCUAGAAAUCAUACAUGGAUUCAUUAGCCAGUCAAGCAUCAGUAUAUUUGGACGGCAAGUGUACGUUUGCUUGAUAGCGCGCCGCAGCACUCGGUAUGCUGGUACACGAUUCCUCAAACGUGGUGCUAACUUUCACGGUGACGUUGCGAAUGAGGUAGAAACGGAGCAGAUUGUGCUGGAUGGCAAUAGAAUGUGUAGCUUUACGCAGCUUCGGGGCUCGGUGCCUUCACACUGGUCGCAAGACGUUAGCAAGAUGGUACCGAAACCCCAGAUUGCUAUCGACCUUUCCGAUCCAUACGGGGAAACGGCAGGUAAGCACUACCACCGCCUAAUGUUUCACUAUGGCGCACCGGUUAUCAUACUGAAUUUGGUGAAAACAAGAGAAAAACGUCGCCAUGAAAGUUUGCUUAGCGAAGAAAUGCAAACGACGGUGAGUUAUUUAAAUCAAUUUCUCCCUCCGAACCUUCGCAUUCGCUACAUCGAUUUCGAUAUGGCUCGCAAAAGCCGAGGUACGGGAAACGUGAUGGAAAAGCUGGCAAAAAUUGCUGAAACAGUAAUCCAGCAGACAGGAAUGUUUUAUUUGGACGAUGAGUGCAGCCAAAGACAGACCGGAAUUGUGCGUGUGAACUGUGUCGACUGUCUGGAUCGUACCAAUACGGCACAAUUUGCGAUUGGGAAAUGUGUUUUGGCACACCAGUUGUAUGACUUAGGAUUCUUGAAGGAACGCAAACUGGAGUUCGAGUCGGAUUGCAUAACGAUGCUUGAGAAUCUGUAUGAAGAUCAUGGCGAUACGUUGGCGCUGCAGUACGGUGGUUCGCAACUGGUGCACCGGAUUAAAACCUAUCGGAAGACGGCGGUAUGGGCUUCGCAAGGUAAUGACAUAAUGCAAACGCUUAGUCGAUACUACAGCAAUACCUUUAGCGAUACGGAAAAACAACACAGCAUCAAUCUAUUUCUCGGCUACUACAUUCCUUCGAAAUCGGAGGUGAACAAACCCCUACACAUUUGGGAUCUGGAGACGGAUUUUUACAUACAUAACUCACGAUUCGAUGAAAUUAGACAAAUAUCAUCCACACCGCUCACGCAAUGGGUUAGUCCAUUCGUAUUGAACUGUUUGCCCGACGCAGUGAGCGAUGAGAAUCGUGUCGUGAAGGAGCUGAUCAAGAUACAUUCGAAUGAUGCUGAAAUAAUUGAUUACUAUUCAAACUUCCAUUACGAUUACAAGCUCACUUCGUUCGAGGAGCACAUCGACUAUCAACUGAGCCAUCUGUCACGAAACCUUGCGCCAGCUUUUCGCUCCCACUUUAGUCCUUUCGAGCCUAUUCGCCGACAGCAAAGCACGGCACUGAAGAAUCCUUCCCUGACUGGUCAAUCAUCGACCAGUUCGGCCAACAGCUCGUCGUCCGAUCGUUCUGACGAUGAAUCAGAGUCGGAUGAGGAGGAUAAAAGUAAUCGCAACACCGCACCAACCAGCAGCAACAAUAGCAGCCGUGCAGAGGAUCCGGUAACGCUGAGCUCCAUGUUCCCGAUGACGAAUGACAUAUACGGAUUUGAAAUACGAAUGCCCAAAAAAGCGGACAUGUUGAAGUACGAAAAGUAUGCUGAAAUCAAUCGAAUCAGUAGCUCAUUCGGUGGGCCAAUUCGACCAUCCUCCCCUCAUCAGUACAACCGCCACGCACAAAUGAACGAAAGUGGUGGACUUUCGAUAUGUAACAAUGAAAUUAUUAUUGCGAAUGGAACGAUGGAGAAGGAUAUUCAGAACGACAUUGCCAUUCCGACCGUAAGCGAGGAGAGUAUAGCAAUCUACAAAAAGUACUGUAUGCUGAAAUACACCAUCAUGCAUGAUUUUCGCUGCGAUCCAAAGAUACUGGAAUAUGUAAAUAUGUUUGCAUAA